CUUCACGUUAGCCAUAUCUUGCUGAUGCGCUGAACAGACACACCGCUGGCCUCAUAUCAGCAACAACCAUUAUUUCUUUGGAACAGGUUCUAUUUUUGAAAAGAAGCGAAGUGACGACUGUGGUCACAUAACGCUGCACUCCACACACACGCCGGCUCUACAACCUAAAGCUCGCUAACGUUAGCGUUAGCAAAGCGGCUGCAGGGAUGGCGGAGGUUCCCGGGACAUCGAGUGAGACGAUAACGGAGACUGUUGAAACCAGCACACCGCCGCCGCCCCAACAGGAGGGACGAAGCCUGACCAUCAAACUGAGGAAGAGGAAGACUGAGAAGAAGGUGGAGUGGUCCAGUGACACUGUUGACAAUGAGCACCUGGGCAGAAGGUCAUCAAAGUGCUGCUGUAUUUACGAAAAACCCAGACAGUUUGGGGAGUCAUCGUCUGAAAGCGAGGGAGACGACGACGACGAAGGGUGUGGCAGCGCUCACUGCGUCCUGGGCCACGGCAGGAGAAACCACGAACAGAGAGGGUCCGAGGGAACCACAGCGCCCCCAAACUCUGGAGGCUCGCACAGCCAUUAAUUCAUAAGCUGUGGAGGCGAGAGUGUGAGUGGUUUGUCACCACAACUGUGGUGUAUUUGAAAACUGCACUUGUUUCUUUUUUCUUUUUGAAGUUGAGUUUCAUCACUAGAGGUAGAGGCAGGACUGGUGCUGCGUUCCAGUCACGAGUCAGAGAUUCCUCUGUUCCGCUGCUCUGUCGAGAUCUGGACACUUUUGUUUCCAGACGAGCCGAAAACAUAUGGGGGCGUUUAAUUGAAAAUCAUUCUCUACGUUCGUUCUAUAAAUUAAAAACAUACGCGGUAUUGUGCCAUCUCUGAACUAUAUAUAAAAACUCUAAAAAGGACUAAACUAGUGAUUAUUUUUGGCACAUUUUAAACACAUGCUAUGCAUUCAAUUACACAAGUACAGCCGAGUGUCUUCAAAAGCAUGAUUUAGAUACAAACAUUGAGGCUGGCAGUUUUUUAUCUUAAUUGGAAAUGCAGUAUAUGAUUAUUCACAUCAAUGUUUGAAGCUGCAGUAGGCAGGAUCUGGAGGAAACUUGUGUAUUAUUACAGUUGUUGGAUAAUUCUUUUAGACAUUAGUUGUUAUCAGUGCUGGAAUAGUGGCCUUUAAACUGACAGGAUGUGGAGAUGCAGUUGCUUAGUAACCACAGCCAAUAGGAACUCGCGCUUCAACUCUCUUCCUCGAAACUGCCACGUGAUUAGUUGAACCCUCCCGAGCUUAAAGGAGGAGCUGCUCUCUAGUUCUUUCUCACUCGUUAUACGUACCCCAGCUUUAAUCUGCCAAAUAUCCUCUUAAAACGGAGUAGACAUAAUUUAGAGAAGAGUCCAUCGUGCGCGAGGGGGGAUGUACGGUCACUGUUUUAAUCAACACAUGAUUACUUUUUUAAUAUGUUUAUAUUUUAGGCUGUGAUCUGAAAAAACCUUUGAUCAUUGACAUUAAAUUUGCUACAAAUCUUCUCAUGAAGCAUGUUUGUCACCAUAUAAUAUAAAUAUAGCGGUAAGAUGAACUGAAUAAAAUCUGCCGUACCACUCGUAUGUAAUGAAACGGAAGGAUGGAGAGAAGCACAGCGUGUCAUCAAUGGGCUAAAACAAACAAUACCACUCGCUCAGUACCUGUGUGGUGCCUGUGCGUGGUGUACGGUGAUGUUGCCAUGGCAACAUAACAUGGAUUAGUUGGGUAUUAAUUAUCUGAAACAGUUGACAGCUUCCCUUUCAUCAGUGGAAGCGUCAGCGUCUGACUGAUUAUCGCGAUAUGAUGGAAAACCUGGCGACUUAUUCCUAGAACAAGGAGUGUUUGACGUGAGACAUGAUUGGACUUGAAUCGGCUUUAAUACUCUGACUCGUGCGACUGGACUCUGUGACGAUGACGCGUCUGUGGAACGCAGCACGUAGUCUGCAGUGGUGGACACACACACACACACACACACACCUUUAGAUUAGACUCAGACUGCCUGUGCACAGAGGGGCACAGUUCACUGUAUAUAAAGCAGGACCUUUACAUUUUAUUUUUAUUCUUUUUCAUUUGCUGGUCUUAAUUCUACACUUGUACAUAUUUGAGUCAGUCAGGGUAACAGCAGUGACACAGCAUCAUGUGAGCGUUUGGAACAGAACAGGGACUGACUGAACACGGGUUUAAUAACAUUAUUAUUAUUAUUAUUAUUACCACCCAUACCACACAUUAUUUAAAGCCGUCGUGUGCACCUUUGCAGUAUAAACCUAUGUCAAAUGAGUUCACACAAUGUUAAUUAAGCUCCACGCGAGUGUGUGUCUUCUCAGUAUAGCAUCUGUUUUGCGUCUUUACCGAGUUUUAAGCACUAUAAAUCAGUAUUGGACGACAGAUGCUGAUCUUCAGGAAUCAGGGCAGUCGGAUUUUGUUUUCUUGGCCAGUUUCCUUCGUAUCGUAAUAACCGAUAAGAUAUAAAAUUGCUUCAUUUAAAUCAAAUGUAUUUAACGACAAUAAUCUUCAAUAGUCUCCCCAAUUUGCACUUUUCUGCGGUACUUAAAUAAAAUAUAAACUUAAUAUUAUAUAUACAUGAAACUUUGCAUGUCGCUGCAUUUGCAUUUAAACAAAAACUUUAUAAACGUACCUAAAUAAGUAAUCAUUUAGGUAAUGCCAGUUAUUUAUGAAUAUGACAAAAUUCGGCCCAAUUGGCAACAACGUAAACGACAGAAUAAACAAUAAUUCUUGUAUGGCUAAUGAACAUGACUUAAUCACCCAACAACUACAAAAAGGUGAAUUCUCUCACAUCCAGAAACUUUCAGUACAGAUGAAUAUUAAGUUUGAACAUCAAACCUGUAAUUAGCCACGUGAGGAAUGAUCAGACUCAGUUAUAGCAGGUAAACGUGAAAGUUAAAACCCGUUGGUACAGGGUGACCUUGACCUUUCACAUUUGUCAUAUGCAUUGACGAUGAUCUAAUAUUUGCAGACGUUUUCUCUGACGCUAAAUUAAACAAAACAAGUCCUCUGACAAACAGAAGCAGAGCGGUUUCCUGGAAUCAUUUCUCAACAGCCUGACAGUGAUAUUAUCAGUAAUGGCCUAAAGAGCUGACGGUGGUUAAAUUAUUCAAUUACCAUUACACCAUAACAGUGACUGUGUUCAUGCUGCUCUAACCUGGUGUUGGAACGACUGAAUCGGGCUAACAUCAUGCUGUGUGACUGCAGUGUUUUAGUGGGAAAUGUGGGCGGUGUUGAGAUCUUUGUGUGAUUUUAAAAAAGAAAACAUGCAGACAUGCUGUAGUUCUGCUCAAAUCGUCAAAAGGCCAAACGCUGCCAGUUUGAUUCCCAAAGCUUUUCAUACAGUGCAAAGACCAGAACCUGGUAUUCACAUCUGCACAUCCGUGCUAAGUUCAGGUCUGAAUGCGCUCUUAUCUGCUCUGACAAUAUUAACUCUCAGUGCGUUCACAUGCAUGUUAAAAGUCCGAUAAUUUGAUUUUCUCAAUGUCAUGUAAACACGUUAGUCUGACUAAAAUCGAGCUAGUCUUAGUCGGACUAACAUACUUGAAAAAUGUGACUCAUAGUCCGUUUAUUCCUGUGUCGUAGUCGGACUGGAAUUGGACUUCGGAAGUCAUACGGUGGCGGCGUAUUUUUCCGACAAUUACGAGAGCCGUGCUCGAUAUGAUUUGUAACACGAGGUACGGAACAAACAGAACCACAUAUGGACCCGGCAAGUUGUCACGGUUGCCUGUCUUAGUCUGACUACGUUCUUAGCUCUAUUAAACUGUGCAUGUAAACGUACUGAGUGAGUGUAUAUUUGCAUAAAGGGCGGGGGUGUCCACGUGUGUUAACACCAGGUCUGAACGCGGCCCUAAACCGUGGCUUCUUUUGUGUUCAGUUGGGACUGAUUUAACGGUCCACACCACUCUGUUCUCUCAGCCUCUGAGGGCUUAAGAAUCGGACGAGGCCUCAUUAACAGGAGUGCUGCCGGUGUUUUAACAUUUAAAUCCUCUGCUGUUUUUUCCAUCUGCUUGAUUGUUGUUGUUUUUUCUUUUUUAAGGUGAAUUUUUAGCGUUCACUGGACAAUCAGGAAAUCAGACUUCUACUUUCCUUUUUUGUUUGUUUUUUUUGGGGCAUCAGAGGAUUGUUUUGUAGAAUCGUUUCUUUGCACAUGUUGUUAAUGAGUGAAAUGAGAAGGGAGGAUGGUAUGGUGAAGUAUUAACGCACUCAUCCGCGCACUUGUCGGAUGAAACACCCAUCGCCUCCCAUUGAAUUCAGCUGCAUGACAGUAAAAGUGAAAUCUACAAACAUUAUGUCAGAGACAGGAGAGGUGACGAUGCAUGACCGCUACGAUAAGAUAAACUGCUCAACCGAGAGCCAACAGGCUCCUCCUCCACAGUCAGUGUCCGAGCAUUUUUGGUUUGUGACAGUGCGACUGUGGAUCACACACUCUUUCACUUCACUCAUGCCGCUACUCUUUUUUUUUUCUGUACCAUUUUAAAAACAUGAAAGACAUUGUUACAUAUGUACAUUGUUCUUGUACUGGUAAUUGCACCGUUCUGUAUAUACGAUGAAGCAUAAUUUGAGAGCUGAUUUAACGUGAAGUAAAGUUUUGAACUGUGAA